GUUUAGGUCACGACGCCAUAAACUGUCGUCCAGUGGAUUGCAUGAUCAUUGAUCGUGCUGUAUUGGAGCCACACUUGCUGUUAUUAGUAGGUUCUGUCGCGGUCACUAACUUCAAUAGUAGGUGUUAGAAACAUAUUACGAUGGACAGAAGGCGAGGGUCAACACGACCUGCAUCUUCAGAAGAGCUAGACUGUUGGUCUCGCGCGAGGGAAUCACUUGCUGCGCUGUCCAGCAACUAUGCCAGCCCAGAUACCGUUGGGACCAUUAGGCGCGUCAACGGGCUAAUGGCCAUGUGGCCAACGGAUGACUCCUUUUCAACUGAGAGCUAUGAGAAUACCAAGACGAAUUAUAAAAAAUUGUCCUCCGCACUCAAAGACGUCCGUAGAGACGCAGAAGAGGAGGCCAGGGCACUCGAGGCCGCAAUAGAACAAGUAGGAAUCCUCAUAGCGCUUCGGAAAGCAUCAGAGUCCUACCCACAAGAGAAACGGAAUAAGCGCCCUAGACCCCCGUCACCUUCACCAACCUCUAUGGCUGCAUCCGCUGCCGGUCCGCGUGCCACGCAGGUUGCACGAGGCUCGGCCGGACCUACACCAGCGAUACCAUUUUCACGCGAACCGAAGGCCCGUAGGGAGGCUCUGGCGAAGCAACUACCUCUGCAAGAAGGCCGUAAGGUGGCUUUCCGUCCGCCCAUAGGGAAGACUGCGGAUGGCAGCAACGCAGAUAGCGAUGAGAAUACAUGGAUACUGGCUGUUAUCACCAAGUGUAUUAACCAAGACAAGAAUCGUUACGAAGUCCAGGACGUGGAACCCCAAGAAGAUGGACAGCCUGGCCAGUGUUAUAACACAACGCUUCGAGCGAUCAUGCCACUUCCAGACCCUCAUGCUCCGCCAAACAGCGCAGCACAUCCAAACGCUUAUCAAGAAUUCCCAGCAGGUUCAACGGUGAUGGCUCUCUAUCCAGACACGAGCUGCUUUUACCGUGCCGAAGUAGUAAUGGCCCCCAGUGACCUUCACCCUCCUGGUCGUGGUGUUUCGUCCAAACAGAAUAUAUCUAUGUAUAAGCUCAAGUUCGAGGAUGACGAUGAUCAGGAACAUUCUGUAUUAGCACAGUUCGUCGUCGAAUGGCCUGGUUCAUAGCUAUAACUUGUUUUUAGGGUAGCUUUUACUUCGCGGGAGGAAUCACUGCGGAAACGGGUUUUUA